AUGUCCCGACCACCAUCCCGAACCCCAACCCCCACCUCCCCCUCAAGCACCACAGACUCCGACCCCAUAAUCGCCUCGUACGACAUCUACCUCACAGAAUCCGACAUCUCGCGGUACGUCCUGCAAUACCUCGACCGCCCAACCGGCCACGCAUACGACGACAACAACGGCCAGAAGCCCGUCGCGUUCCGGCAAAAGACCAAGACGGGGCUUGUGGAGGUCGAUGUGCCCAUUAAUACGCGGGUGAACUAUGAUCUGGGGAAGGGACUGCGGUUUGGGGAUGCGUUGAGGAAGAGUCGGAGUGCGAGGGAAGGCGGUGCGUAUGGGAUGGCUGGUGGGUUUAGUGUUGGUGGGGGCAGUGGCGGUGGGAGUGCGGCGCAGGGGAAGGUGAAGAGUGAGGAAGGGCAGGGGAAGGGGUAUGGGAGUGCCGGUGGUGGUAGCAAUGAGGGGACGGAGGCGUCGUUGUUGAAGGUGCAGACGCUGGGUGGGCGGAUUAAGAGUCCUGAGGAUGGGGAUCCCGUUUAUAUGCUUGCGGCUUUUCGAGGGGAUAAACUACACCUUUCUCCGGUUACCGCGGUCGUGCAGUUACACCCCCAGCUGCACCAUCUUGAUGCGAUGGACGAGAUGCCCAAAGCCCGAGGUGGAAAGGGGCGCAAGGAAGGCGAGGAAGACCGACCCGAGCCCGAGGCGCGAACCAUCGAUGUGAAGGUCAAGGGAGCAGAAGAUAGAGAGGUCCAGGUUGCAGGGAACCUUGAGCUGCUGAAGCAGAUGCAGGACGAGCAAUGGAGGACAUAUGAUUGGGUUGACGCUGAGAACGAGGAAUCAUGGCAGAUCUACGACAACUAUAUGAUGCACCAGGAUGUGGAAGAGCUACCACAGCUCGAGUCGGCGAUCAACAGCGAGGAUUAUCUGGAUAAGAUGAGUGCGCCGCGGAUUGACCCAGCUCGACCGGAGAUGACUGGCUGGGCGAUGAAGCAGAAUCGGCUGAAGCAAAAGGGCGUCGAGUCGUCAGGGAGCAGCACGGAGGAAGGAUAA